AUGGGGGAACAGCAACAUGAGGAGCCGGUGGGACGGGUGGGUUUGGCGGCGGUAGGGGAGUCUGCGGCGUUUGCUGCCGAGGUUGGGGUAACGGAUACUGGUUCAGUGGAGCCGGGUGCUGCUGCGGAACCUGGGGCGACGGAGCGGGAGGAGACUGACGUGGCUGUGGCGGCUGAGGCGACGAGGACGGCGCGGGAGACGCAGAGGCCUGAAGCCGGGACUGCUGCCGCCUCUGGCGGCGGCUUAAUCUCACAGCCCGCGGCGCAACCGACGGGGAUGCUGCUACGUAUGGACGGGGGCCUGGUUGCGGAGGAGCCACAGACGAUACUGGGGUCGGCUGAACCUCCGGCGCUCGAGGUGGCAGAAUCCCCGUCACCGCUUGGGGCGACGGCAAUUGCUGCGGUAGUAGCUGAGGAGGCACGGCGGCAGGAAGGACCCCCGAACGAAGAUUCUGCAUCGACUGCCGCUGAGUCCGCCGGAACGCCUGCUGCUGCCGGGGCCGCAAGCACGCAGGAGCACGGCCAGGUGGAGGGUGAUAGCGCGGGUCCCGCGAACGGCGCCGCUUCCGACGCGGCACGGGCGAAGAAGAAGAAGAUGCUACGCGCCCAGAUAGCACCGAGGCGGCCCGGAGCAGGGCUGGGACCUGGUGCUCCGGGACCCCUCCAGGGCUGGCUUCUGCAAGAGCAGUCGCCACAAGGGCGAGAGCGUCAACUGCCAUCUGUGGGGCAAAGAGGAGGGGACGACGAAGGGGAGAACGGCGUAAGGCCAGGGCGUCCCCCAAACAGCAGGACGGGUGACAUGGCAACAGAGGCGGCAAACGCACAAGUGCCCCAAAGGCGCCCCAGACACACAGUGGGGGACAACACAGAACACGAGGGAUGGGAAGAACACGGAGCGGAGCAAGAAGCAAUAACAGAAGCAGCGCCUACCCGCCGAACCGGAAACGCAACCCCGCAGGUGGUGCCCCGCAAAACACGUAGCAGGACACGCGCCCAGGGUAUUUUCUGGGGAAGGCCGACGGCGACGCGCAACGGAGCGACACACACGCCGUGGUUACCGGCGGGAAGGGCGCCAGAGGCCGGACGUGGUGGCGGGCGGAACACCAACACCCCGGCGAGAGGAGGGACCACAGCACGCGGGCGUCGUGGCGGAGCACGAGGGGCGGGAAGCGCAAGAGGAGUGAUUGUCGGCGGAAGGGAGGCACCAGUCAGAACGGGCACGUGGCGGGAACGCCACGAUCGGCCAGAAAUGGAAGUAACUCCAGCGAAUCAGGAGGCCAGGGACUCUGACAACCCAGAUGACGGGGAGGAUUUUAUCCCCUCAGAGUAUCCUGCCUCGGAGGAUGUAUCGCUAGGGGAGGAAGGAGACACGGCAGGAGGGCCUCGGAGGAGAGGUGACACGGGGACUGGGACACUUGCGCCAGCCGAGACAGAAGGUGGUGGGAGUGCUAGAGAGGGCGUGAGAGAAUCAAACGCCGUGUCACCAGCUGAGGUGGCUGCGAACGACGCAAUGUGGCAAGAUGCUGCCACCUGGGAUGUCGCUAAGCUCCAGUGGGGGGACCAGCCCUUUCUCGUCCGCAGAAUGCCGCCGACAAUCCUGCAGAGUUACACCCUGUGUGUCCUAUCACCACUCCUCCGACUCGCAAAAAAUCCCCACUGUCCAGGUGCAUGGGCGAUAUUGCAAUUCCUGCCGAGGCUGACCCUUCGGCCGCCCCCCGAACCAGUCGAAGGGUCACGCUGGGCAAGGAUUGAAGAGAGGCUGCAGCAAUUCCAACAAGGCAAAUGGAGGGGCCUUCUUGAGGAGGCAGCGUUAUCCCCGACAGUGGCCACCCGAUACGACACCAAGCUGAUGACGCGGGGGUCUGUGCACGGGUGGAGAGUUUGA